AUGUACGGGCUUUUCAGAAACAGCCAAACUCCCUGCCAGCAGCCCUUGGCCCGCCUUUUGUGCUGCUUCAUUUUCGUCGUUUGUUUCCGCAACUAUGCAAGUUCCGCUCAAGAAGCGUCACCGACAGCCGGAGCACCAUCCGAUGAGUCAACAAAGGUGGAGAAUUCAUCGUCUGAUCCACACGUGGACAGCGUGGGCGCACCUUCUUACAUUAUCGCAACGACCAGCACGAGUGGACUUUUGAGCAGAACAGAUCUCAAGAGCACGACUAAUGAUGGAUUUCUCGAUCGUUUUCACGUUAUCAGGCCGGUAGUCAGAGUCCCUAAUAUGGCCUUGGUCGAAGACCCCACUGGUGUGGCUGAGGGGAAUUCCCUUCUACAGUCUAUCAUCUUCCAAUUCGAAAGCGCCUCCGUCCGCGUGGAGAAAGUCCACGAAUUCGCUGGGCGGCACCUCCUUACUCUGGCAUUUCCUCGCGCAGUGUCGUUCGCGAGGAGCUCUGAAUCCCCUUUUACAAUCUUUGCUGAAUCGAUAACCAGUGAUUCCAUGGAUCCUUCGGGAUGGGAUAAGAGAAGCCAGGCUUAUUUGGUUUGCAUGACGACGCGUCAGUUCCCAACGAUGUGGCCGGAGGGGGCUACCAUCAGAUACCCAGCUGUGAGGCAAUUUCCGAGGUUUACGACGGUCUAUGUUAGACUCGAGGGGCUUUUUGUCGGCUGCGAUGUUGAAGAAUUCAGGAAAGGUCCGUGGGAUAAACGCGUUAAAGUCACGGAUUUGAUCCCUCUAUCUACCGGGCAACACGACGGCGCGAAUUCAUACGCACUGCUUCUUACUCUCUCUGUCACUGUCCCAUGGCUCGCCGAAAGGCAGUCGCUGGCCUCCGAGACGCAAGGUGACUCAAACAGUGGGGAAGUAGACUUCGACAUGGAAAUUUUCGAGCAGGAGGAGGACAACCUUCAGGUUGAGAAGUUUUUGUUUGAAGUGGAUGUAGACGUUAGACAACCGUACCAUUUAGCGGUAGUGGCGGGGAUGCUUCGUGAAACGGUGUGUGUCCUUUCGCGAGAAGAGAACACGGAGAAGAUUCACUUCAACUGCCCAAUUUUCGAUCGGCUAGAGGAAAAACUAAAACUUUUCGAGGAACACCGGCUCAAUAUACGGAAACGAGGUAAUCAAUUUGCCACUGCCGCAUGGGUUUCCACAGCGGUAGCAGCUGUAGGCAUUGGUAGCAUGAUUUGGGGAUCAAGGCAGCCCCGGAAACUCCGAAGGGCACUGGAUAAUUCUCUUCCACAACUACUCGAAUACCAGUUCAAGCUCAAGCAGAAAUCUGCUCUAAGUGACAUAAUUCGUAUGGCACGUCCAUCUAACAUGGUUGGCAUUUGGAAGGUAAGGCAGCGAAACCCACGGGCGACAGCUGGAGGCCUUGCGGAAGGUAUUGGUUUCUGGGCAUUUCUUUCCGGACUUGUAGGAGAGGCAGCCACUUUCAUUGGGAGGAUGAAGACAGUGGAUAUCGAGGAGCAAGCAAAUAACAAAAGGAGGGCGAAUCUUUGGAAGCGAAUCGAGAGUGCCGCCGCCUCGGCUAUUGAGCAGUUCCGCAGAAGCACCGUGUCGAAGUUACGAGUUUUAUUUAUUGUUGCGGAUGAUUCUGCGUGA